AUUGAAUCAUCCGCUUUAGUGUCACGACCACCACGACCUUUCGCUACCUUCGGAUUUUUCGAUGAAAAUUUUUGAUCUACAUCGUGCGUUUGUAAAUUAGAACAAAGAUGAUGGGAUUUAAUAAUAACGACUCGAACGAAUCAUCGUCAACAUCCGAUUAUAGUAAUGAAAACCUCGAUAUUUCUUUAUCAUCGCAACGUCUAACUCCUUAUAGUCCGUAUUUAAACUUCGAUCCGGCAUUUUUACCAACAAAUCAACCAGAAUUCAUUACCUCCGAUGGAUUAGUUAUAACUGAUGGUGCAGGAAGAUCUAGAGGACGAUUUGAAUUAGCUUUUGGUCAAAUUGGUGCUUCUUGUAUGAUAGGUGCUGGUAUUGGAGGCAUGAGAGGAUUUUACAGAGGCUUAAAAGCUACCACAAUGGAGGGACAAACUGGAAAGCUUAGGAGAACUCAAUUACUUAAUCAUGUUAUGAAAAAUGGAUCUUCGGUAGCAAAUACACUUGGCGUAGUUUGUGUGAUGUACAGCGGAAUAGGUGUAGGUCUUCAAUUAAUUAGAGAUACUGACGAUUCGAUAAAUACUAUGAUUGCUGCUACUUGUACUGGAAUGCUGUUUAAAUCAACUGCGGGACUUCCAAAAUGUUUGAUGGGAGGUGGUGUAGGGUUGGCGUUAGCAUCAAUGUACUGCUUAUGGAACAGUCGGGACUCAUUAACUCAGUUAAGGCAUCACAAUAUGAACCCAGCGUAAGAAUCCAACUAAAUGAUUUUCCUCGAUCGAUGGGCUAGCACCGAAAUUCUUCACUUUUUUGUAAAUAGUUUUUGUCCGUAAAAAAUUCACUGAUUAAAUCCAGUAAAUCCAAUGCAAACUUCAGCAAGCUAUGUUAAUAUUAAAAUACUGUAAAUUAUAGUGAUUAAAUCAUUUAUUAAAAUUAAAAUAUAUUCAUUUAAAAUCAA